CUUAACCCCAAUCAAUUCUCCACGAUGCAAGUUCCCAAACUCUUCAUCUCUCUCCUCGUCGCAGGCAUCAGCCUUGUCGGCGGCGCCCCGAUCGCCCCUGAAUCCAACCUAAUCGUCUCCACCUUGCCUGCCGGCACCAUCGAGGCCGAAUACAGCGCACCCUGGCACCAAUACGGCGAUAAGAAAGACAGGUGCCCUGAAUUGUACGUCUGCGGCGCCGCCCCUUUCUACCAUCCUGAGUUCAACAUGUUCCAGAUCUGGCACUACUGUGAUUGCGCCUUUUGGUGAGACUCUGAGGCGAUUUCUGCGUACAAGGUCAAUAUUGAGGGUCCGCGUCGUGGGAAGUGGGAGGAAGUCUCGAAGAUUGUCUACCCUCCUUCGUAUUGCCAGUGCUUGAAGAAAGAGGAUUGAUGUUAGGGCCGCCAUUGCUGAGAUAGUUGAGGGUGCAGCGUAAGCUGUCUCUUGGUACUGUCCUAGGAUUACUGAAUCACUGAGGUUCAUUGCGGAUGUGUAAACAUCGGGGUUUUCGGCAUGUCGAGUUCUGUUAAAUGUCCUUAUCACCAAAAUCGGGUUCUCAUUACUGCGGAACCGAAUCAAAUGAAUGAAAGGCAUUCUUGAUCAAUCCAACCAAAACCAAACUCGAACUUCUACAUGUGUGCAAUUCCUUCCCGUCACAAAUUCAACUAUACCCAAUCAGAAUCUAAUCCACUCUAUUCUGGAAAAAAAAUUUGUUGUGUUUUUUUUUUUGAUUGGAAGUUAUAGUGAUCCCUACACUUAAAAAUAAUGAUAAAAAUGAUUUGACAAAAAGUAGGCGAGUACAAAAAUGUUCAAAAAAAGGAGUUUUGCUUUCAGCACCAGAGGCCAGGGAUGCAAUACCCGAUUUGUUGUGUUUAGUUUCCUCUUUGUCUGCCUACCGGGUACGCAGCUCUGUGGUUACACACGCUAAGCACGUUCUCUUCGUUCGCCCACACAACAAAUAGUUCUUUAUAUCCUCUCUCCACCCGCUCCACCAAUCCCUCCAACCCCAACUUCAAGAUUCUGCUCCGCCGAGGUAGUCACCUGUCAGCAACAACUAUGACUCUCUUCACCCAGUGGGUCAUAUACGUAUUCAUGGCCGUCGCAUACUCCCUCCCUCGCACCGCCCGCGAUGCCAACCCAGCCGACCCCAAACAAUGCGGAUGGAUCGCGCCCAGCUUCUCGCCUAGCCAAGAUCCCAACAACCUCAAGGUCAACAAGUGUCGUAGCGUCUUGCUUCCUGGGACCGAAGACGAUGUCAAGUACACCAUCAACCCCGACUGCCACUGCACAUUCUUCAACACCAAGAUUUGCGAUCCUGAUACUGAGGUGGUGGAUGCUGCUCCUAACUCGACUGGCGCUUUCCACUACAUGGAGAACAACAUCGGGUAUAUCAGCUACAAGUGCCAGAAGCUCUAGUGGGGUCGUGCUGCGAAUACCCAUAUCAAGGUCUUCGACACUUGAAAGCGACUGCGAUCUUUUGUCUUUGAUUUGGGCAGACACGGAGCUAGACGAUACUAAGUUUGUCAUGAUGGUAAAAGUGGUUCAGUCUAUAUCUGGUAGCUGGUUUUCCCAU